AAACUCCCAGAAACCUUGACAACUAGAAAUCAAACCCAGACAAGAACAAAAAAAAAUAGAAAGAUGGCACCAGGUUUGAGACAAUUCACCGAGAGAAGAGGAGACGGUGCUGGACAACCAGUUAUUGACACCGACAAUGGCGAGGAGUUUAUGCUCAUGUGUCGUGAAGUCUCCAUUGUCAUCGGCAACGGGUCCCCUGAAUCUCCAGGCACUCUUUACAUCUCCACAAAGAAAGUUGUGUGGUUUAGUGAUGUGGAUGGGACAAAAGGUUAUGCAGUUGAUUUCUUGUCUAUUUCACUUCAUGCUGUUUCAAGAGAUCCUGAGGCUUACCCUUCUCCUUGUAUCUACACUCAAAUUGAGACCGGAGAGGAUGAAGACGAAUCAGAAGGAUCGGAUUCAGAAUGUAGUGAUGCUUUAGACUUGUCGAAAGUCACGGAGAUGAGACUUGUUCCUUCAGACCCUAGCCAAUUGGAUACUUUGUUUCAGGUAUUCUGUGAGUGCGCUGAGCUAAAUCCUGAACCAGUUGAAGAUAACGAAGAAGAGCAUAAUUGGAUCUUUAGUGCUGAUCAACUGUCAGAUGAAACUGCUGAAGUGGAAGAUUCUGAAUGGAAUUUCUCUCAAAAUCCAACAAGUUCAAUUGGUCAUUCAAAUGGGGAUCAUGACCUAGCUCGCACAGUGCUUGAGCUCCAAAUCAAUGAUCACCGGUUUGAAGACGCAGAAGAGAUGGAACAUGAACAUGAAAGCAAGGGUCGCCAUUAGUGGUAGCAUAUUUAGGUGCAUUUUCCUCAUAAAUGUCCUGAAAUUUGCUGCACGUGUAUAUUUUUGUCUCUCUAAAUACUCGAUGAUUGGCUGGGGAGUGGAAGGAUUGUUGUCCUUUCCUGUAACUUCUGUGAUGUAUUGUCAGACUUUUAAUGCAGCAGUAGUCCAAUUACAUGGGGAUUAA